GGCCAGGCACUCACAGCAUCUCUCCAGAGCUGUUCGAGAGCCCGCUGCUGGAGUCAGAAGAGGAACAUCUCCUGCUGGACCCAGGCAACCCGUUGAAGCUGUACUGUGAUGCCAACCAGAGCGGUGCCAGCGUGGUCUGGUACAAAGAGUCCCGGCCGCUUGUCCCAGGGGGUCGUAUCCGUCUCUGGCAGAGCCUGCUGGAGAUCUCGGAGGUGGCCUACGAGGACUCAGGGCUCUACGUGUGCCAGGCGCAGGGGACUGGGGAGAUCCUGCGCAACUUCACCAUCUCCGUUGUGGACUCACUGGCAUCAGGUGAUGACGAUGAAGACAGUGAUGGGGACAGUCCCCACAGAGACCGAAAUGAGGAGCCCGUCUACGUGCACAGAGCUCCUUACUGGACUCACCCGCACCGGAUGGACAAGAAGCUGUAUGCAGUCCCUGCGGGGAACACGGUGAAGUUUCGCUGCAUGGGCAGCCUCAGCCCCAGCAUCCGCUGGUGCAAGAACGGGCGCGAGUUCCGGGGGGAGCACCGCAUUGGGGGCAUCCGGGUAAGGGCCAGGGCCCCCCGCCAAAGCCUCCUCUGCCGGGGUCUGGCCCCCCAUCACACCUCGCCACCUUACAUCCCCUCUCUGCCGAUCCGGCUUGGCAGCAUCCGCUACAGCUACCUCCUGGAUGUGCUGGAGAGGUCCCCGCACAGGCCCAUCUUGCAGGCUGGGCUGCCUGCCAACACCACAGCCCUGGUGGGCAGCGAUGUGGAGUUCUUCUGCAAGGUCUACAGCGAUGCCCAGCCCCACAUCCAGUGGCUGAAGCAUAUCGAGGUGAACGGCAGCAGCUAUGGUCCCGACGGGGUCCCCUACGUGCAAGUGCUCAAGACUGCAGACAUCAACAGCUCCGAGGUGGAGGUGCUGUACCUGCGCAAUGUCUCCAUGGAGGACGCUGGCGAGUACACCUGCCUGGCAGGGAACUCCAUCGGCCUCUCCUACCAGUCUGCCUGGCUCACCGUGCUGCCAGAAGAGGAGCUGGUGCGGGAAGCCGAAGCCCCUGAGGCCAAGUACAUGGACAUCAUCAUCUACACCUCGGGCUCGCUGGCCGUGGCCAUGGCUGCCAUCAUCGUGGUGCUGUGCCGGAUGCAGACUCAGUCGAGCAAGCAACCACUGGAGCCCAUGGCGGUCCACAAGCUCUCCAAAUUCCCGCUCAUCCGACAGUUCUCCCUGGACUCCAGUUCCUCCGGGAAGUCCAGCACAUCCCUGAUGCGCGUCACUCGUCUCUCCUCCAGCUGUGCCCCGAUGCUGGCUGGGGUCAUGGAGCUGGACCUGCCCCUCGAUGCCAAGUGGGAAUUCCCCCGAGAGAAGCUGGUGCUGGGCAAGCCCCUGGGGGAAGGCUGCUUUGGCCAGGUGGUGCGGGCAGAAGCUUACGGCAUCGACAGAGACCGGCCGGACAGAGCCGUCACUGUGGCUGUGAAAAUGCUGAAAGACAACGCCACGGACAAGGACCUGGCUGACCUCAUAUCCGAGAUGGAGAUGAUGAAGCUCAUGGACAAGCACAAGAACAUCAUCAACCUCCUGGGAGUCUGCACGCAGGACGGGCCGCUGUACGUGAUCGUGGAGUUUGCUGCGAAGGGCAACCUGCGCGAGUACCUCCGCGCCCGCCGCCCCCCGACACCCGACUAUGCUUUUGACGUCACGGUGAUGCCCGAGGAGCAGCUCUCUUUCAAGGACCUGGUCUCCUGCGUCUACCAAGUGGCCCGUGGCAUGGAGUACCUGGAGCCCAACCGGUGCAUCCACCGUGACCUGGCUGCCCGCAACGUGCUGGUCACAGCAGAGAGCGUGAUGAAGAUUGCUGACUUUGGCUUGGCCAGGGAUGUCCACGACAUCGACUACUACAAGAAAACCAGCAAUGGUCCUAGGAUGUGGCUGACCCCCUUUGCCACACAUGAUCCCAGGUGGUCGUUCGGGAUCCUGAUGUGGGAGAUCUUCACGCUGGGGGGCUCUCCCUACCCCGGCAUCCCCGUUGAGGAGCUCUUCAAGCUGCUGAAGGAGGGGCACCGCAUGGACCGGCCAUCCCACUGCACCCAUGAGUACAUGCUGAUGCGGGAGUGCUGGCACGCCGUGCCCUCGCAGCGCCCCACCUUCAAGCAGCUUGUGGAGGGGCUGGACAAGAUCCUGGCAGCGGUUUCGGAGGAG